AUGCAGCUGCAGAACCUUGUUCUCGUUGGCUCCCUGGCCGCAGGGGCAGUCGCAGGAGACUUUAGGAGACAGACUGCCACAAAUGGCACUGCUUGUGCACAGAUCAGCAGCAGGGCGGCUCGGACUUUAGCGGCUUCGCCCUACCCCGGUCGUGAUGGUGAGCUUGCUCUGGCUUGCUUGAAGUCUGUCCCUCUCGGCAAGGCGCAGGCUCUUCAGUUGAUGGAGUCGAUUUUCCCGUAUGUGGAGUGGCAGUCUGAUACUUCGUAUAUCAAAGAUCCGCCCCCGGCUUAUCUAGAACCGGCGGCGGAUAUCUGGGCCGAACUGAACAAGGUGUACGACAACAUCAAGUCCGACGCAUAUGCCGGAGAAUAUGACUUCCAGGCCGAUCUCUUCAAGGCAUUCAACCUCGCCCAUGACGGACACUUCCGUUUCUUCCCCGAUCUACUGACCAAGGUACUGACGUUCCACCGCAACGUUGGUCUGGUUUCCGUCAGUUUAGACGGCAAGGAGACUCCUCAGAUCUAUGUGCACACCGAUAUUGUCGGAAAGGUCGAGAAUGGACUCGAUCCCUCGCCCGUGAAGUUAAUCAAUGGACAAGACGCGGUGAAGUUCCUCGAGGAUUGGUCCCAGCUGGGCAGUCUGAAUGAUCCCGACGCACUCUACAACUCACUUUUCUUCUCGAAGCCCUUCGCAGCAAGCACCCCGGGCUUCGAUGGAUACUUCUCCGGAAGUGCCCGCUAUGGCUACAUCUACCCAGGCAAUACAACGAUGAUCGAGUUCGCCAACGGAACGAGCAGAUCCUACCGAACCACCGCCAACAUCAAAGCCGAUCUGACGGGAGUGACUGACGGACCAAGCAUGUACCAAAAGUUCUGCACAGGACCAUCCAGCACGGAGUCCGCAGCGUCAGCAACGUCCUCGCCAGCAGCGGCCACCGCUACUCCAGCGCCCGGCUACCCAGACCCCGAAGUCAUUAGCUCGGACAACGUCAUCUCGGGCUACUUCCUCGACUCAGACCGGAACUCUGAAGUCGCCGUGCUGAGCAUGCUAUCGUUCGAGCCCAGCACGCCCGCCGAGUUCCAAGCCGUGCUCGAGAAAUUCCUGCGCCACGCCAAAGCCUCCGGGAAGACCAAGCUCGUCAUCGACGUCUCCGGCAACGGAGGCGGCUACAUCCUGCAAGGCUACGACACCUUCCGCCAGCUAUUCCCCAGCAUCGUGCAAGACGGGUACACACGCUUCCGCUACACGGAAGCCCUCGCCGCCAUGGCUGAGCAAUUCGCCGCCGUCCUCCCCGAGGACUACAACCCGGACACCGCCACCGCCGACCAGAUCCAGAUGUUCGAAUCGCCCCCGAACUACCGCUACGACCUCAACCUCCAGAACAAGCACUUCACCUCUGUCGAGGAGAAGUUCGGGCCCCACGAAUACAACGGCGACCAGUACACGAGCAUCAUCCGCUGGGACCUGGACGACCCGCUCACCACCGUCAACCAGACAUUUGGUAUGGGCAUGGAGAUCACGGGGUACGGUACGCGCCGGAACUUCACGCAGCCCUUUGCCGCCGAAGACAUCAUCAUCCUGUAUGACGGCUACUGCGCCUCGACGUGCACGCUCUUCUCCGAGUUCAUGCGUCUCCAGGGCGGCAUUUACUCGCUCGCGCAGUUGGCUAUCCAAUCCGCUACACCCGGUCAGGAACACGCGGCGAACUGGUCUGCGCUCACGGAGCUGAGCGAGCUGCCCACGAACCGCUCCACGGAUACCUCCGUCAACGUGCGCGACAAUAUCCUCCCCGAGAACCUGGAGGACGGGCUUCCGUCGCAGUUCGUCUAUGAGAAGGCCGAUUGCCGCCUUUUCUACGAGCCAGAGAUGAUCGUAGACGUCGCCGCGAUGUGGGAAGCUGCUGCUGAUGCGGCAUGGGGUGACAAGGAAUGUGUCAACGGACACCUCGAUCUGAAGAAGCGCACGGCUACACGAGCUCGUCGGAGUAGGAAGUCCCCGCCGCGGAAGAUGACCGUCAAUGUACCUGCGAAUCCUAUCUCUGAUCGCUCGCCUUGGUGGACGCAGAAGCAUGGCACUCGGGUGCCG